GACAUUUUAUGUUUGAGUUUAGGACGAAUUUGGGUAACAAAAUAAAACCCAAUUCGCUAUUGCCUUAAUAUUUCUAUAUAUCAAGCACCAAGAUGGGUGAAGACAAGUGAGUACCUGCGAGUGGACUGGCUUUGUUUUUUGGAGGGGUCGAAGUAGUAUAGGCUUCUUUAUUGCUAUUUAACUUGGGAGGCACCUCACAUCUAAUAUCUAGUCCUUUCAAGUGGGACUGUGGGAGCCAUCCAUUGUUGCCUUUCCGAACCAAAAAAAAAGGACAGAUUAGACAAGGACAAGUCAGGUACAAGAGAUGGUAGCACUCGUGGACUACUUCGUUACCUUCCUUUUCAUCACGGAGAGGAAGCCGGAUAUGAAUACGAUUGAGCACUUUUCUCAAACGUUAGUUUUAUGUGUGGCUCUCUUUCCUUAUCUCCUGCGCACACUUCCUUGGUUCUCCCAUGAACGUUUUGCAUUAGUUAUUGCAUUGCAUUAUCUCCUUCACUUCUCCUAUUAGUCUUUAAAUUUCUGUGUUAUGGACAAUUCGAAACAAGAAAAUGCCUUGCCAGAGGACCACGAACUGGAGCUGAAGCUUCCACACCUAUUAUUUACAAAAACAGUUCGGGAACUCUAUGGAAAGAUUGUGAAUGAGUGGGAUUCCCUCAAAAAGUCGGCAUGCCAGACGGCAGCUGGAAGAGCCCUGUGGAAGCAUGUGAUCCAUGACCCCCUUGCAGACGUGCUUGCAGGAGAAACAUACCUAAGAAACCUUCAUGAGAAGAUUAAAAAAGACCGCCACAACAAUGCUCGAGAAACUUCAGGAGUGAUUCUUGCUGUUCGAACCCUUUGGUUCGAUUCAAAAAUUGAAGCUGCUCUUGAUUCCUUUGGUGGUGCGGCUCAAGUUGUUCUCCUUGGAGCAGGAAUGGACGCAAGGGCAUACCGCUUAAGCUGCUUGAAGGAAAGUGACGUCUUUGAAGUAGACUUUCCUGAAGUCUUGCAAGUAAAAGCUGCUCUUCUUCAGGCAGCUCUGGAGUCCACAGAACAUCUUAGGAUGAUGGCAAAAUCCUUAACUAGUGUAGCAGCUGACAUUAGAGAGAAUGACUGGCUUGAAAAGCUUCAGAUAUCUGGGUUUGUGCCAGAAAAAAACACAGUAUGGGUUCUAGAAGGUAUCAUCUACUACCUCUCCCAUUCUCAAGCCAUGCAAGUACUGAAGAUUGUAGCUGACAAGUGUACCCUCACCCAUACAGUUCUAUUAGCAGACUUUAUGAAUAAAGCAUCAACCACACUCUCCAGUUCUAUCUUCCACUUCUAUAGUGAUUGGCCCGAUCAUCUUCUGCCAUCUCUAGGAUUUUCUCAUGUUAAACUUUCACAAAUUGGUGACCCAGAUGCUCAUUUUGGUCUCAUGCAUGAUCCAUUGAAUUUGUUCAAUAAGCUCCGCAACUUGCCAAGAUCAGCAGAAACCAACCCAGAUGAUGGAACACCAUGCUGUCGCUUGUAUUUGGUGCAGGCUUCUGGCUCGCCAAAUCAAACAAUUUCCUUGAGCACUAUUCCAAUGUAGUAUAGAUAUCAUUGUAAUGUAGAUGCAGGAAUCAUUAUUUUUAGUGUUGUUCAAUGUAAAAUUGAAUUGAACAACAAGAUGCGACAAGACUUUUGUGCUGUAUAAUGAUUUUUUAAAUUGUAUAAGCAUAUAUUACCACAUAGCAGUUGCUCCACUAUUUCUCUUUUCCUGAAUAUUUGAGCAUAAGAAUCCUUUGUCCCUGAGAAAUAUGCCUAUACUUUGAUUGAUCAUAAACAAAUUCUUUUUAUUGUUGAGUCAGUAAGGAGAAAAUGUAAACAUUAUGCAUGUAUUCCUACUUCUUUUUUUAUUUCAAACUUUUCGUUUAGCCUGCAAAAAGCAUAUAUUAAAAGGAAGAGCAUCAAUAGUAAACUCACUUCCUACUGAUCAAAAAGGUAGGCAUCAAUGUUCAGCCUGAAUCUGCAGAUGAAGAAUAUUGUCCAUUGACAAGGUUCUCCUCGCCAACUAUUAGGUUUUCUACUGCAAACCUUUUUGAUGCAGAAAGCAAAUAAAAUAAGAUUUAAGAUUUUAGAAUAUACAAGCUUCUAUUAUCAAUGGUAAUUCAGCAGGUUAUAAAAGGGGUAGAAAUAGUACCACCAGGAUGUUAUUCAUUGUGGUAGUUAUGUAAUCUAAAAUUAUUUAGCCUAAGUGGUAUACUCAAAGGGUACAUAGUGUGAAAGUUAGCACUAAUCCAGAACUUUGAUGUAAAAUUAUACUGUAAACAAUUUCUUGGUCUGAGGUGAAGACGAACGACAUGAAUUUGGGGAAUGUGCUCAUAUCAUAAAUUCCA